UUGAAUAUGCUUUAUGGUGGUGAAACAAGGGAACUGGAGCUAGCGAGGCAUGGACUAAAGCUGUUGAAAAGGAGCCCAUCUUCUUUCACGCCAUGCCUGGAUGGACGUUAUCUUCUUCUUGGUUCUGAUAAAGAGCUCAACUAUUCUGAGAUUUCGAAGUUCUCCAAACACGAUGCUGAGGCUUACCCGAGGUAUGAGAACCUUUUGGAGAAGUUCUGUGGGUUCAUGGAUCCACUUUUGGAUUCAUCUCCUCCUGAAAAGUUGCAAGAAGGUUCACCAUUUAAUGCUCGUAUGAAGGAUAAUCUGCAAAAGUCUAUCUUUUGGGCGCACUUACUAAGGCGUGCGGCUUCCAUGGGGCAAAAUGAUCUUCUGGAAUUUGUGAACCUUUUGUUGUCCCCUGCAUCAAAAGUUUUAAACAACUGGUUUGAGGCUGAUGUUCUAAAAGCGACACUGGCAACAGAUGCAGUUAUAGGGACCACAGGAAGUAUCAAUACACCUGGUGGUGGAUAUGUUUUGCUGCAUCACAUGAUGGGAGAAACUGAUGGUGAACGUGGAAUUUGGUCGUAUGUUGAGGGUGGAAUGGGAUCUGUGUCCUUGGCCAUAUCUAAUGCUGCUAGAGAAGCUGGUGCUGCUAUAAUAACUGAAGCUGAAGUAUCCAAAUUGAUGAUAGAGGAUUCGGGCAGAGUCUCUGGGGUUUUGCUGGCUGAUGGUACCAAAGUAUGCUCUUCUGUUGUUUUAUCAAAUGCAACCCCAUACAAAACGUUCGUGGAUUUCGUACCACAUGAUGUGCUUCCCGACGGUUUUCUUGGUGCUAUCAAGAACUCUGAUUACAGCUCUGCCACUACCAAAAUUAAUCUGGCGGUUGACAAAUUGCCACAGUUUCAUUGCUGCAAGUUGAAUGGCUCUGGGGCCGGUCCUCAGCAUAUGGGCACUAUUCAUAUUGGCUGUGAGCGAUGCUUUGAUCUUAUUGAAGAAUACGCCCCGGGCUUUAAUUCAUCGAUUAUUGGCUAUGACAUGUUGACUCCACCAGACCUUGAAAAAGAAUUUGGUUUAACAGGAGGUAAUAUCUUUCAUGGUGCUAUGAGAUUAGACUCCUUGUUUCUCUUGCGGCCUGUGAACGGAUGGUCAAACUACAGGACACCAUUAAAAGGCCUAUAUCUGUGUGGAAGUGGAGCUCAUCCAGGUGGCGGGGUUAUGGGUGCCCCAGGACGUAAUGCUGCGCGUGUGGUCAUGCAAGAUGUUAGCGAGUCUACUGGUUAGACAGACCUUUCAAAUUCUGCUAAUUAUGUUGUACAAUUCCACGUUUAGGUCCAGAAAGUUUUUUAUAAAUAAAUGUAGCAGCUGAUGUUAUGUUCCAUGUGACCACCAACAGUAUAAUAUGCCGAAAAGCUCAGAUGGGCUGAAUAUUCGCAUAAUAUGGGUUGCGACUUUCGUCAUCUCUAGCGUCUAACUGUGAGCCUUUGGCUACAGGCUUCAUAUUCUAUGGAACUCUGAAGGAAACAAAGUGAAACUAUAUAGUUUUCCUGUUGGGAUAAACUGUAAAAACGCAACUUCCUAUCUUCUUGUUGCAGAUGGCAACUUGAACAAUUAAAUAUUAGUGGCUGUCACUCUGCACGAUUCCAGCUGGCUGCACAAUUAAAUAUUUGUUGGUCACUCACCAUUUUUAAUCAUUUUCACAAUAUUUUUUUUUUUAAUUUUCAUCUACAAUCUUGUCACGCGGGAAAUGGAAAAAAAUGAACUACCUGUCUACCUUACCGUUCUCUUAAUUUUGUGUAUUAGGGUUGAAUGAAUGAAAGUGAAUAAAAUGUGUUACAUGAG